AUGGCGAACGGAGGCUUGAUCGGCACCGUUUCUCUGACUUUCUCAAUCUGCUGUUCAUCUGCACCACCCAAGCGAAAAGUUGAUACAUCACAUUUUCAAUCCAGCUCGGAGCAGAGCCGGAUUUACAUCGCCCUUGCCGCUAGUCCCCCAACAGUUAACUGUCGUAAAGUCUCUUUGCUUUUUCUCAUGUGCCAAUUCCCGGUCUUCGAACAUUCUGUGUAUUAUCCCUCGGUGCUCUUGAAAGGAUGCAGGUGCCUCGAAAUCGAUGUGUGGGAUGGCGAACUUUCAUCUGCUAGCUCUUCCGACUCUGAGAAUGAUGAGUCGAAAAAGAAGAAAAAAAAAGAGAAAAAAGAGCAAAAGGACAAGGGUCUAUCCAGGACGGAUAGUAAAAGGGCGUUCAACCUCUCUUCACUCUCGGAUCGCCUCGACCGAUUGAAGAAAGAUCCAGUUGAGGAUGCAACGGGAGCAGUGGCAAUGCCAACGGCGGCUGUGGCUGCAGCUGUCCCGCUCCGCCCCGAACCCCGGGUUCUGCAUGGAUAUACUCUGACGAAAGAAAUCACUUUUCGAGACGUGUGUUAUGCCAUCCGAGACACUGCGUUUGUCACAAGUGAUCUACCGGUCAUUGUGAGCCUUGAAGUCCAUGCUAGCCUUGAUCAGCAAGAAACGAUGGUGGAGAUCAUGACUGAAGCCUGGAAAGGCAUGCUUGUUGAUUUCACUCCAGAGUUAGCGGCGGAGUUGGAAAGGGGCGAUUUUAGGCAUUUGCCCAGCCCAGAUUCUCUCAGGAAUAAGAUCCUGAUUAAGGUGAAGUGGGCCCCUAACCAUUCCAAGGUAGAGAAUAAUGUAGCUUCUGUUGAGGUUUCUGAAGGUGCUGUUGGUCCUGUAAAAGGUCAAACUGCCUCAGCGAACGACAAGGCCCUGGCUGCUCAAGCAGCGAAAAAGAAGCCCGUAAAGAUCUUGCAUGCCCUUAGCCGCCUUGGAGUGUAUACACGCGGUUACACCUUCAAUGAGCUGAAGCAACCCGAGGCAGCUAUCCCAACCCACAUAUUCUCGCUUUCAGAAGCAGCGGUGAGAGAUGCCCAUGAAAGCCAGCGUCAGGCUCUUUUCAAUCACAAUAAAAACUUCAUGAUGCGCGCAUAUCCAUCAGGAAUGCGAGUCAACUCCUCCAAUCUAGAUCCUUCAUUCUACUGGCGCCAAGGCAUUCAAAUCGUGGCAUUGAACUGGCAGAAUUGCGAUAAAGGGAUGAUGCUCAACAAAGGGAUGUUCGCUCGCUCGAAGGGGUGGGUGCUGAAACCAGAAGAAUAUCGAGGAGAUGCAUGGGCUGAGAGGCAGAAUGCCGCCAAGAGCGGCUCAGGCCCGAGCCGUCGCCAUACUCUGCACCUAUCAGUUCAGAUCUAUGCAGGGCAGAAUAUCCCACUCCCGAAGGGAGAUGAACAUGAUAGAAGUUUCCGUCCAUACGUAUCCUGCCAACUGCACGUUGAACGACCUAAAGACAGCGUUCAUUCGAAAGGGGACGGCGAUGACAGCGGGAGUGCAAAGUAUAAACGUCGCACCACAACCUGCAGCAGCGCUGAUCCCGAUUUUGGUGGCCAAACGUUGCAGUUUCCAAGUGCUCCGGGUGUGAUCGAACAGUUGAGCUUUUUAAGGUCAGUGCGUAAUAAUGCGUCCCGAAGUCAACUCUCGUUCGCUGCAUUGUAG